AUGACCACGAUGAUGACGCGCCGUGUGUUUUGUCUUUUGACUUUUCUGCUAAGUGUGGCAUGUGUUUCUGCGGUGGUUGAAGGGACUACUAGUCAGUCUCCCCAGCCUUCUCUGCCUUCUCAGCCUACUGCUCUUGUUCCUGGGGCAGCAGCAGCAGCUUCACUUGGUCAGUUUCUUCAGUCUUCUCAACCUACUGCUCUUGGGGCUACUGGGUUAGAACAGGAAACCAAUCCUCAUACUGUUGGUCAACCUGGUGUUUCUGGUCUUGUACCUCCUCUUGGUACCGGUCCUGUUCCUUCACCACCAUUACUAACACCAUCACGAUUACCACUGCCACAACCAGGAAGUGUUGUUGUUGAUCCUGUUGCUAGUGCUUGUGCUGGUGGUACUUAUCAAGAGCUUAUGGAAUGUCUUCGGAAACAUGAGGGAACUAAUCCUCCUACAGCUAGGAAUGGUACUGCUGCACCUCCUAUUACUCAUCCCCUACAGCCUGGAAAAGGUGUGGUUGGAACUGGAGGUGCUACUCCAGAAGACUCCAAACAGAGUGAGCCCAGCAAUGCAACGGCGGAAAAUAAUUCUAACCGGGAAAGUUCAGGCACAGAAUCUUCCCCUUCAACAUCUGCUGAAACUUCUGUUACACCUUCACAGAACAAUGAGGAGUCAAAAGGACCUGAAACUGAAAAAGCUGGGAAUGAAAUUACAUCUUCAGAGGGUAAUUCAUCAAGCAGCCAAGGUGACUCGAGAAAUACAGACACCAACACCAACACCACCAAUUCAAUUCCUACUGUCCCUGAAAUCAGCACUAACAACAUAAUGCCAAAUUUAAAGGGUGAUGCAGACAGCAGCAGCAGCAGUAUGAGUUCUGUGUGGAUGCGUGUGCCACUACUGAUUGUGGUUACACUGGCCUGUAUUCUUGUGUGCUAA